AUGGACACAGUACAGCAAGCUCGUAAACUUUUGGAGAGCUCAGAGGCUGCCAAGUGCUUGGAAUUGGCGCUGCCUGUUCUCGACUCUCAGAGCUCCGACGAUGUGAAACUCGAAGCUCUACAUUUGAUCGGUGAGGCCUAUUUGGAAAAUGGUGACCCUAAAAAUGCUUUUGAGUGCUUCAGUAAAUGUGCUGAACUUGAUCCUGAUGGAUCCAAAGGCGGCAUGGAAAAGUUUUUAUGGCUGGGUCAGCUCAGUGGUGGUGAACCGGGUCUGAAGUGGUUUGAGAAAGGUCUUCACGGUCUCAGAAAUGCAUUAACAGAAGUCAAUAACAAGGCGGCCAGUAGCAGUAAAGUUAAUGGUGAUAAUGAUUUACAGAUGCAGUUUCAAGUCAAGCUGCUCCAUAAAAAAAUUAAUGAAGCUCUCUGCGGUAUGAUCGAGGUGUGGAUGACAGACCUUUGUAUGGAGCCAGAGGCCGAGUCGCAAUGUGAAAAGUUAAUUGCUGAGGCCCUGUUACUUGAUGAAGAGAUUCCAGAGUCCUGGAGUAUGUUGGGCUCUAUUCGUAUUAGUCAACAACGAAAUGAUGAUGCUAGAGAAGCUUUAGAGAGAUCUUGGCAACUCUUCCAAGCGGUUGGCGAUGGCAGUAUAGACGAACUUCCUUCUUUGAUUAGAUUGGCUCAAAAUAUGAUGGAAAUGGGUCAACAUCAGUAUGUCCUAGAUGUCACUAAACGUAUUCAUGUUAUGGACGAUCAGGUAGUGGACUCUUUCUAUUUGAAUGGUCUUGCUCAUAAUGAACUGUAUAAGGAGAUUAGAGAUGGCCCAGAUGCCGAGUCAAAAUCAAGAAUCGCUGCUAGACACAUUGCUGGAGCUCGUGAUGCUUGGACCCUGCUAUUAAAUCUUACCAAUACUGGGGAUGUUGAAGUGGAUGACGAGCUUGUAAGCAGUGUUCAAGAGCUUCUGACCACAUUGCCGGAAGUCGGCGAUGACGACUUUAGCAGUAGUAGUGAAGAGGAAGAUGAAGAUAUGGAGGAUGACGACGACAAGGUCGACUUGAAAGACCUGGAUAGUGAUGAAGAACUCUAA